AUGGCCUCUACCCUGGAGAAUUUCAUUCAUUCUCUGGACCCCAGAGCCCUUCCCAGGGUCCUCGAAAUCCAAUCAGGCGUCUAUUUCCAAGGCUCCAUCUAUGAGAUGUUUGGAAAUGAAUGCUGCCUGUCAACAGGAGAAGUCAUUAAAGUUAUUGGCUUCAAAAUUAAUAAGCUCAUAGCAAGUAUCUGUGAGAAUAAUGAAGUCAGCCGGUUUUCAGCCAAAGUGGAAUUACCACUAAAUUUCCCCGGUCUUUAUAAGGUUGUGGCAGAUAAAACUCCAUAUGUCAGCAUUGAAGAAAUCACUAGAAAAGUCUCUAUUGGGCCAACAAGAUUUGGCCAUCCAUGUUUCUACAGCCCUGAGGAUAUAAAACUGGCAAACUUCACAAUCAAACAUGGUGAACAGAUCACCUUCAACUCGGUGGAAGAGGUCAAUGGAACAAUGGCUGUGAACUGUGUCUUGGUCAGAAAUAACCAGAUUCAUUCCUUUACUUUGCCUCUUUCGCAAGAAGGAAAAUUCUACGAGUGCGAAGAUGGCCAGAUAUACACCCUAAAAGAAAUUGCAGAAUGGAAAAUCCCUAAGUGCAGAAAACGGAUUGUCAAACUUUCCAAUACUUUACAUAUGUGGGAUUCCUCUAAUCCACUUCCUGAGAAUUUUGAUGGCUGCUUGAUUCUCAUGCCUGUCUAUGAAGUGCAGGCAGUAAUGAAAUUUCGAAAGGACAUAGUUCAUAUCCUCUCAGAUCUAGAUGUUGAGGUCAAGGAUAUAACAGACUGUUAUGAUAUUAGCUCUUUCCUUCAGCCACUGUCUUUGGAAGAUGUAUUUGAGAGAACAAGCAUGGAAUUUCCUAUGGUUGCUGAGAUAAUGGAAGGGCCUUCAGGAAGCCAAAACCCUUAUAAUUUAUUGUCUACAGGGAAAGAGAUUAUCAUCUACAAAAAGUACCAGGCAGCAAGAGUCCUAGCGUCUGAGAUCAGAAGUGAUUCUCCCAAAAGACAUUUUUUAAUCCCUAUGAGCUACAAAGGAAAGUUCAAGAGAAGACCUCGUGAGCUUCCAACUGCCUAUGACUUAGAGAUAGCAAGAAGUGAAAAGGAACAGCUUCAUGUUGUGGCAACUAAAGCCUUUACUUCCCCUCAUAGAGAGUUUUUUUCUGUUUCGGUUGGAGAUCAAUUUCUAGUUCAGCAGUGCCAGACUAGUGAAAUUCUUUACGAGGGAAGAAAGAAACUUGUAGAUGUUUUAGCUUGUGAGCAAAUACUAAGUGAUACGUAUAAAAAAGUGCUCCUCCCUAUGUACAUGGAAGGCAGCUUUGUGGAAGUGAUUCAUGACAAGAAACGGUACCACCUUUCUGAGAUUUGCAAAGAAUUCCGUUUGCCUUUUAAUGUCAAAGUGUCCAUGAGGGACCUUUCCAUUGAGGAAGAUGUCUUGGCUGCAGUGCCUGGUCUGCAGUUUGAAGAGGAAAUCACAGACUCUUACUUGCUGAUCAGUAGUGCCACCAAUCCAGUGGAGAGCUGGGAGAUUCCCGUAUAUCGCUUAAACAUGUUGGUCCAUUUGCUCAGCAAAGAUGUCCAGGUAGUUGUACCACCUGUGACUAAGACAACAGUGGAAGAGAUCAGUGAAGAGCAAUACUAUAUGGUGCGAAGAUAUGAAAACCAAACCCUUCAUCCACCACCUAGGCCUCCCAAAAAGCCAACAACACUUGCCCCCAAACUUGCUUUUGCAGUAACUAAACAAGAUGUGUCUGAUGUACUACAUGCUCCAAAGAAAUUUUGUGUAGAUACCAUGAAGAAAUUGUGCUCAAGUCAAGCUGCUGAUGUUUCGGAAUUGCAAGUUAGUUGUCAAAAUGAUUUGGUGCAUUGUGAGAAUAAGGACAAGACUGGGAAAGCUCCACUAGUGGAACCUACUAUGAUUAAAGGCUUAACAAGUAACUAUGAGGCAGAAAAAGAAGAGGAAGAAGAGCAUGACUACAGCUACGUGGAUGAAAACAUAAUUGAAAACAUAAGAAAAGCAUUUCAUGACAGCAGCAUUGGAAAUAAGCCCACAAUCUCUGAAGGAAGAAGAAACAUCUGAAGCAAAAUAAUUCUGAAAUUAACUGGAAACAAGUAGGAAGCUCUGUCCUUCACACAUUAAGAUUGACCACAACUGUAAGAAAAAGCUACUCAUGAAAGUGUCUUUCUUGUCUCAUGAAGAGCAAUGUGGCUGUAAUUUAGCUGUAAUAAUCCCCCAUGAAAAUAAACUGCUUAGUUGUCCUGAAGAAGUCAAACCAGCUAAUGUCUCAUAAUCCUUUGAAGGGACAGAGUUCUUCUGUACAUAUUUAUUAAUGAAUUCAGAUAAUAAUGCCAAGUCCAAUUCUUCAUUCUCAUUGCACCUGAAAUUCCAGUUAUUUCCUGAAUCACUGUAGGGUAUAAGCAAAAGGAACAUCCCUUACUGAAACAGCUGCAUGGUUGUUUCCUUAGGUUUUUUUGAGAAGGGAAAGGUAGAAAGGGAAGGGAUGUCUUAGGUGAACAAUUGGCCAAUUUCUUUGGCCAAUCUUACAUGCUUCAGGUUAAGGCUCAAAACUGGAAAUUACCAGAUUCUGCCACUCUUUCGGAUGAUGAACAAUGUACAAGUAAUACUGUUGCAAAACAUUUAAUUUUUCCUGGAAAGCAAUACCACUCCUCUCAGUGGGAAGUGCUACUCAGAAGGCCCAGGAACGCCCAACUUAGAUAGCAUUGCCAUCUCUAUAACCCCUUGCACAGCUAAUAUUUAGAAUCACACUAGAACUACUAUAUUCAGCAAUGUUCUGAAAAUGCAGCCAGGAAGGAUGGACAGAAGCUGGAGCUGAAAGGUUAGUGUUCGUGCCGACUCUACAAACUGAGAUAAAGGCACAUGCUACCCUCCUUAAGAAGUCUGAGAAAAGCAAUGCUGAAGAACUUCACCUACACCUUGUGGUACCUCAUAUUCCCACACAGGGGUUGGGGGAAGAGGCAGCCCCAGAUGCCUCUCUGCAACACCCAUGAAUGGCCAACGUCACCCCACUGGAGAAAAGGUACAGGAAGGGCAUCACAACCUCUUCUUUUUUAAAUUAAACAAGUGUUUGUUUUGAAGAAUUUCAUUUUACUUUAUACAUCUGAAAAUGAAAAUGAGAGCAAAAUGGUUGCAUGAUAUCUGAAAGGAUACAGGACCUCCUUGGCCCAGAUGGAGGGACCUCCCUUUGUGUCCUGCCCCCCUAACCUGUGAGUGCUGAGCAGGGACAGAGAGACCCUCUGCUUACAUGAAUGAGUAUCUCAGUGGGCUUAGCAGGGAGCAUGUAAUCGAUGCUGAUAUUAGACCUGCCACAUUCCUGUCGGGGAUUGAUUUGGGCAAGCACACGAGCUGCGCAGGUAGGAUGUGCUUAACAUCUUUGGGUGGUACUGAACCUAGUCCUUGUAUGCAGCUCAUGCAUAGUGAGUGCUGUGUAUCCAAAAGUGUUAGACCUAGGAGAGGUGCAUAACCCUCUGGAAGUGAUUUGACUUCCAGGGAAAACUAUCGAGAACUGAUGUGUAAGCACAGAGUUGAUGUGCCAGCAGUUUCCAGACUCAACAGCAACUUGAUCAGAGUGACCUAUCCAGAAAUCCCAGACAGCAGGGUGGAAAAAGAGAACAUUUUCACAAAGCCUAGGCAUACCUAUUUUUAGUCCUACUGAGGAGUUAAAAAGCAAAAGCUCACAAAAAUGCCUUAAAAUACUUUCUUGUCUGCUUGAAAAGACUUUUUCUUUGUAGUGUCUUCAGACUUGUCUACUAAAAUGCUACUGAAUGAUUAAUUUGCCGUAAUGCAAAUUGAUUUAG